AUGAGGAUUACAGUGAGUAGUGACACUUCACUUCAAGGGGCUUUGAAGUUUACGGGGUUGAUGAUUUCCACCACAUCCGCAUUCGACUUGCCUAUUUGGUCUGUACAGAAGACAAAUGGAUCUUGGAGAGUUACAGUGGAUUAUCAUAGCCUGAACCAGGUGGUAACUCCAAUUGCAGCAGCUAUGACAGAUGUGGUUUAAUUGUUUGAGCAAAUUAACACACCCCCUGAUACCUGGUAUGUAGCUAUCGAGCUGGCAAGUGCCUUUUUUUCCAUCCCUGUCAAUAAGGUCCAUCAGAAACAGUUUGUUUUUAGGUGGCAAGGCCAACAAAACACCUUUACUGUCCUAUUUCAUUUAUACAUCAGCUCUUGUGCCGUAUGUCAUAAUUUAGUUUGCACAGAUCUUUAUCACUUUGCCUUUGCAUAAGUUAUCACAUGGGUCCAUUCCAUUGAUGAUAUUAUACUUACUGGACCUAGUGAGCAAGUAGUAACUACUCUAGACUUACUGGAACAUUUGAGAGCCAGAUGGUAGGAAAUAAAUGCAAGAAAAAUUAAGGGGACUUCUGCCUCAGUGAAAUUUCUGGGGGUCCAAAGGUAUGGGGCAUGCUGAAAUAUCCCUUCUAAGGUAAAGGGUAAAUUGUUGUAUCUGGCUCCUCCUACAACUAAAAAAGAGGUGCAAAGCCUCUUGGGCAUCUGAUUUUAUAUAGAGCAUAUUCUUCAUUUGGAUGUGUUACUCCAGUACAUUUACUGAGUGAUUCAAAAAGCUGCUAGUUUUGAUUAGAGCUCAGAAUCGGACAAGGCUCUGAAACAAGUCCAGGAUUCUGUACAAAUUGCUGUGCCACUUGUGCCAUAUGAUCUAGCAGAGCCAGUGGUGCUUAACGUGUCAGUGGCAGAUAAGGAUACUAUUUGGAGCCUUCGGUAGGGCCCUUUCAGUGAAUCACAGCACAGGUUCACAGGAUUUGGGAGCAAAGCCCUGAAAUCAUCCUCAGAUAACUAUUCUCCAUUUGCAAGGCCUUUAGGCUGCUACUGGGCCUUGGUUGAGACUAGACAUUUCACCAUUGACCAGUAAGUUACUAUGUGGCCUGAGCUACCCACUCAUGAAUAAAGUCAUGGUGGCAGGGAUGGAGGUCAAGCAUGGGCUCAGCAAUAUGGACUUCCACUCAUCAAGGGCAUGGCUAUGAUCGUCCCUGAAUGCCCACUCUGCCAGCAGCAGAGACCAACACUGAGUCCCCAGAAAGGCACCAUUUCCUAGUGUGAUCAGUCAGCUACCUUAUGAUAGGUUCAUUAUGUUGGACUGCUUCCACCGUGGAAGUGGCAGGGUUUUCUUACUGGAAUAGAGACUUACUGUGGAUAUGGACUUGCAUUCUCUGAAUGCAAUGCUUCUGCCAGAACUGACAUUCAUGGACUUACAGAAUGCAUUAUUCAUUGUCAUGGUAUUCCACCUAGGAUUGCUCCUACACAGCAAAAGAGGUGUGGUAGUUGGCUUUUCUCUGGAAUUCACUGGUCUUACCAUGUUCCUCACUGUCCUGAAGCAGCUGGCUUGAUAGAACAGUGGAAAAGUCUUUUGAAGACUUAUUACAACACCAGGUAGAUGCAAUACCUUGCAAGGCUGGGCAGUGUUCUCCAGAAAGGUUUGUGUAUUCUGAAUUAGCAACAAGUAUAUGGUACUGUUUCUUCCAUAGCCAGGAUUAACGGUUCACUAGAAAAAUUUUUACUCUCUAUUCCUGUGAACAUAUGCUUUCCUGCUCUAAAGAUUCCAGAGCGAAGAAUAAUUCCACCAGGAGAUAUAACAGUGACUCCACUAAACUGGAAGUUAGGACUGCUGCCCAGCUGCUUUGGACUUCUCAUUCUGAAUUAACAGGCAAAGAAGAGAGUUGCUUUGCUGACUAGGGUGAUUUAUCCUGACUACCAAGGAGAAAUUGGACUACUACUCCGCAAUAGAUACUGUGAGGAACAGUAUGACUGGAGUACAGGAGAUCCCUUAGGCUGUCUCAGUAUUACCUUGCCAUGGGAACAAGGUCAGUAGAAAUUACAACCCAGUACCUGUGGGAAUACCAUUGACUCAGACUUGUCAAGAAUGAAGGUUUGGGUCACCUCACCAGGAAAACCAUGAACAGCUGAGGUGCUUUCUGAAGGCAAAGGGAAUAUGGAAUGUGUACUGGAAGAAUGUUAA